ACACAGAAGGACACACCAGCAUCCCAGACAGCUUACCACUGUAGCGCAAAAUAGAAGCAGAGCAACAGCGCGAACGGAAAAAAGAGGCACACACAGAGAGGUGGCGGGUCGUUUUAUAAUCGGCAAACGGCGCAUUACACACACCUUGAUGUUUGGGGGCUUAAAAAGCUUAAAAAAGACAGAAAACCCCGCAGUGUUCUUGGGGUCCCAGUCUAGAUUUUAGAAGACAUAAUUUCUUUGUGGAAGAGCGUGUUGUGGGUUCCUGUAAACGCUUGAGUGUGAGAGAGAUGGAUUUGGUUUUGCUGUAGAAAAGUUUCGCCGUAUUUAUUUUUGGUUUAUUGACAUCGUCAGUCCUGUUUCAUGUUUGGCUCUUAAACACAAAGAUUUGUGUGGAACUACAAACAUGAACUUUGUUAGUUUGCUACAAGUACUUUUGGCAGCAGUUCUUCACCUGGCGGCUGUAAAGACUGCCAGUCUUAACAAGGGAACAGAGGAGAGUAGAAGAGAUGUUGUCUCUUUCAGAGAGGUUAUUACCAAGAGCAUGUGCCAGCCCAGGGAAGUUCUGGUGGACAUCUUCCAGGAGUAUCCAGAGGACACAGAGCACACCUACAUCCCUUCCAGCGUGGUCCUCAAUCUCUGUGGGGGUUGCUGUAGUGACGAAGCCAUGGAGUGUGCACCCACACAAACACGCAACAUUACACUGCAGGUAAUGCGGUUUAGACACAUGUUAAUGCAACAUACUAUUCAUUUAAGUUUUACAGAGCAUGACAGAUGUGAUUGCAGAAUAAAGUCACAUGUUCAAGCAAAAGGAGAGUAAUGCAACAAGCCAAGGACCAGCUACACUGUUGUGAAGGAGUUCUUGCCUUGGCACAGCACUUUGAAACUUGGGAGCACAUUCCUUCCUGAUGACGCAAGAUGGGAAGAUUUGGAUACAGACUUUGCUGACUGUUUUC